AUGGACGGCGGAGAUGAACCCGAGGGACCAUGGCUGGGUCAGAUGGACGGCGAGGAUCUGCGGAAUGGUGAUGGUGGGGAAAAGGAUUUUGCUAAACAUCGUGGGGGUGUUGGGUUGAGUGCGGGGGAAGCGAGAGGUUUGGAGAAUGGAGAGGAGUUGGAGAGUAAGGAGGAGAGGGAGGAGCUUGAAAUGAGUGGUGAUGAGGGAGGAGAGAGCGAGGAGAAAGGUGAUGAGGAGGAGGAAGAAUGGGAGCGAGAGGAGGAGGGGGAGGCAGAAGAGUCAGGAGAAGAGGACGAGGAAGAUAUUAUCGAGUCUCUCUUUAGGGAGAUUGAUGAAUGGAAGGGAGAAGGGAGAGAAGGGAGUUUUCAAAGGGAAGGGCAUGAGGGUACCAACCCCAGGGCGAGAGAGAGCACGGGGGGUAGUAGAGCUAGCAAGCGGAAAGAGGGGAAGAACAGUGGAGCGAGGGCGGAGAAGGGAGAGUCGGCGUUUCGGUGGCGAAACGAGGAGGAGACUGAGCGAACACUGAUCGAAAAGGCAAGCAGGAGAGGGCAGAGGAGGAGGAGGCUGGUGGAUGGGUGGGUGGCGGGGCCGCAGGAGAAGGGAGAGUCAGCGUUUCGGUGGCGGAACGAGGUGGGGGACGAGGAGGAGAUGCUGACUCAGCACCACGACAGCUACCAAUGGCAGUGGCCCGUGGCGCGGCUGGGCGACAGCUGGCGCGGCAUGUUCAUGCGGGAAGCUCGAUAUGACAUCGUGAACACCCCUUCAUGCAAGGGCAUUCUCCCCCCGGCAGCCUACACCAGCCUGCCCAUUCACGGCCGCGACGCCAACGAAUCGGAACUCAAGACCCUCGGCAACGUGCGGCGCCACCAGGAGAAGCACGAGCCAAUCCCGCUGGACCUCCUGAUCGCGUGGGCCGGGGUGGGAAAGGAGACGCAGCUGCCCGUCUCUCAGGCGCUUCACGGUGAUAUGACGAGGGAGCGCUGGCUCAUCUGGGCGCCGCGCUUUGGGCUGGGCAACUCGCUGAGGGGUUACACCUCGGCAUUCAUCUAUGCUUUGCUGUCGGGAAGGAGGUUCCUGCGGUGGCACGGUGGGGCGCACAGGAAGGUGAGGGUUGCUUUGGGGGUUUUCGGCAUCAGCAGCAGAGCUCCGGUGCAUCAAAUGAUCUUACCAUGUCUGCAUUGCAUCUCCUUCCCUUGCAUACUCUCGUUCCCCUCUCCCCACUUCUCAUCUCAGGUCCUGGAGCGCCUGUGCGACGCGUUCUACUGUGGGCUAGACGAGUUGCACUAUAGAGGGGAUAUGCGCAAGCACACAAAGCUCAUGGAGGGGCGGGAGCUUGUGGUUCACGGGCUUAACUACUACUCCCCUGUCAUGGCUGUCAACUCGGGAGCGUUCUUUGAUGCCUUCUGGCGCAAGGACUCUCAAAUCAACCAGUGCGUGCACGACGCAUUCGGCUGCCGCUCCCUCUGGUGCAUCCAGUCCCAAGUGCUCUCCCUCCUCCUCGGCAAGGGGCCCAAGCCGGGGGUGCAAGAGGUGGUCGAUAGGGACUUGAGAGUGGUGCCGCCGCUGGUGUUCCGAGGGGGAGGGAUGGGGAUGGAGGAGGGGGAGGCGAAGGGAGGGAAGGUUGAGCCACAGAUGGUUGCGAAAGGGGAGGGGCUGAGGCUGCAGUUCGACUUGUCAAUUCACAUCCGUGGGCAUUCGGUCAACGUGGAGGGCGAUCAUUGUGCCGAUAAGGACACCAAGUGCCAGGAGCGAGCACAGCAGGCGGAGGUCUCCCGAGCGCACAACCUGAUGAAGCCCAACCGCUGGCGCUGCAUCGCCAGGCUGGCGCAGUUCCUGCGCGUCAAGAAGGCUGCUGCGGGCGGCUUCCCCAACGCUACAGCCGCCGCUGCUGCCUGGCUUGCCAGCGCUACAGCGGACACUGACGGGAAUGUUGAUCCUACAGCUGCGAGCAACACAAGUGAAGAAUCAUCGCCUCCGUCUGCUGCUGCUCCUUCGCCUUCGCCUCAUCCUAAUGAUACCACCGCCACAUCCUCUUUAUUAGCAGCUUCGAUUUCUAAGUACUGCCCGAACCUGAAGGAGCUUCGGAUAGGGCACCAAGGCUAUGGGGCCACGUUCGGAGAAGCUGGGCUGAAGGCGAUUUUUCGCGGCUGCCCGAAGCUGGAGGUGUUCACUUUUGAGAGCUUAAACCGCUCGCCAGUGGCGAUCCCGGCAGAAGUCGGGCAGGCGAAAAAACUUAAGCUACUCAAGGUUGGAAAAUGGGAGAACGGAUUCUGGGAUGAUUCCAACCUUGAAAGCAUGCCCGAAACACUGGGCAGCCUGACAGAACUUUCUGAGCUGACCAUUGCUAGCGACAAACUUUCUCACCUGCCCGACGUUUUUGGCCCACUGGGUGGUUCACUCAGUUCAGUGCGCAUCCGGUCAAUGGAACUUUCUUCCCUGCCCGACUCAAUGACUCUGCUAACUUCUCUGACUAGCCUGGAGCUCGAAUGCAUGGUUCUUUCAGAGCUGCCCGUAGCCAUCCAUUCUCUUUCUUCCCUGACCAGCCUUACACUCUCUUGCUGCGGCACUUUGAACCACCUGCCCGAAACCUUGGGCAGCUUGCCGCAACUCACACACCUCAAACUUCACUCCUGCCAAUCUAUUUCCGGGCUGCCCACUUCAACAACCGCCCUUUCCUCCCUAGAGACCCUCACCAUUUCCCGCUGUGCUAAUUUUGCUGCCCUGCCCAAGUUCUUCGGGCGGCUAAAAUCCCUCCGCACCCUGCACCUGGACGUUUUUGAAAGUUUUGAGUCACUGCCCGAGUGUAUAGGCGAUCUGCAGAAGCUAGAAAAGGUUUUCCUGUCAGCCCCGGGCAUCAAAUCUCUCCCAAACUCAUUUGGACGGCUGAGAUCUCUCCGGGAGCUUGAGAUGGAGAGCUGCGAGAAGCUCUGGUACAUUCCAUCAUCGUUCGGGCAGCUUUCAAAUCUUCGGGUCCUGCGGAUCAUUCAGUGCCCAAUGCUCAGCAGUCUGCCCGGAACCUGUGGGCAGCUUUUUGGGCUGGAGGAAUUUGUGCCCGAUCUUUUCGCUGCUGCAGCUGCAAAUAUAGAGGAGUCGGUGUUUGGUGGAAUGACGCAGUUUCAAUUUCGGAAACCAGUCCUUGCAGGGUUGGCACCACUGCUGAUAUCACCAUGGAAAUGGCAGUAG